UCCUGGGAUUGCUUAUACAGGAAAGCCUUGGUUUUCUUCCCUCUGCAACUGCAACUGAGAUUAAUCUGCAUUAAUGGCGCUGUGUGCAUCUUCUCAGAAGCUUUUUCUUGCAUCUUCAGCAGCAAGUGGAAGAGAAAGAGCAAGACAUGGAGGAAGGGCAAGCGCAAAUGGCAGAAGAGAUUUAGUGGUUCAUGUUCGGAUGGCAGCCCCAGACCAAAUAGCAACAGCAUACGAGGAGGGAAAUCUAGAAAUGCCAAAAUGGGCUGGAGAGACCCCUCUCUCUCGCCUUGUAAAAGCUCUCGUUUCCUUUAAGCCCCUUUACUCUCUGCUCAAGCUUGGUGCCCGACAAGUCCUCAUCAGUACAGCGGAGAAGAACAACAUUCCUUGGAGGGAGAUGUCGAGGGAGAUUCUGGAAUCAGAUGUUUAUAAGGAGCUGCACAGCAUUGAGAACCCCUCUCUCCAAUACCCAGAUUAUUAUCUGAGUCCUUUUCAUGCAUAUGACGAGGGCAAUCUUUCUUGGUUGGCUGCAGCUGAAGCGGAGGUUGCAACCAUGUCUGUUGCGAGACGAGCUAUACCACAUGCUUCAUCAAUUGAGGAAGCAACUAAAGAAUUGCGUGGAAAUUGGCUUCAAGUAAUUGAACAACAUCAUAUGAAGCAUUCAGGAUCCACAAUUGAAAAUAUUAUAGAUAUUGGGUGUUCUGUAGGUGUGAGCACAAGAUUUCUUGCUGAUAAAUUCCCUUCCGCUAAAGUCACUGGACUAGAUCUGUCACCUUACUUUCUUUCUGUAGCUCAAUUCAAGGAAAAGAAAAGAGCCUCUCGAGAGAAUCCCAUCAGAUGGAUACAUGCAGCUGGAGAAGACACAGGCUUGCCCUCAAAAUCAUUUGAUCUUGUUUCUUUUUCUUAUGUGUUUCAUGAAUGUCCUGAAAGAGCAAUAAUCGCAUUAGUGACUGAAGCAUUCCGAUUGCUGAGACCUGGAGGCACAAUUGUUUUGACUGACCAGUCGCCAAAGUCAAAGAUCCUUCAGGAAUUAGAAAUUCUGAUAAAGAAGUUGGAAGGCAAAGUUGAUGAGAGCGAGGAGACUGCGGAAGCGUUAGAACUUGUCCUCUUUCAAGUGUCUGAAUGUUAUGUUUAUUUGAUACCUCCAAGGAAAAGUGCAGCCUCCUACAGGGCUGAUGAAUGGAAUGUCAACAAAUGGGCAUGGGAGGGAAUUUUGAAAGUCAUUAGCAAGGGAGAAGAGUGCAUUAUCAGGCUUGAAGACAAGUCUUCCGGUGAAUUAUAUGCUCGAGCAUUUCUCAGAAAUGGAGAGCCGCAUCCAGUGGAACCUGUAAUUGAUAGCAGUAGAUAUUUUGUUCUUCGAAUUGAAGAGAAUAUUGGUGGUCGCCUUCGUCAUGCUUUCAUUGGCAUUGGAUUUCGAGAAAGAACAGAGGCUUAUGAUUUCCAAGCAGCCUUGCAUGACCAUAUGAAAUAUUUGAACAAAAAGAAAACUGCGGAAGAGAUGGAGCAGCAAUUCCAGAAAACUUCCUCAGUUGACUACAGUUUAAAGGAGGGCGAGACCCUUGUACUUCAAAUAAAGAAUAGCGGUAGUUCCAGUGUGAAGUCAAAGAUUUUGGAGCAGGGUGUGGACAAUCUGUCUUUGGAGGACAAGGGCAACCGGGCAGAGCCCAAAAUUAGCAUCAAACCACCACCACCUCCACCAGCACCACUUUCACCUGUAGCUAGCAGUCAGAAAUCUCCAACAAGCUCACCACCAAAUCUCAGCCUAGAGAGCACUUCUAAAGAUAAUUCCCCAGUCUCAGCAAAGGAACAUUCACAUGAACAGCAUUCACCUGAAAGUCAGAGCACAGAAGACAUAGUGGAUGAUGAUUUUGGGGAUUUUCAAGCUGCGGCGUAGAGGCUGUAUGGGACUGUUAUAUUUGUACCUGAACAUACAAAUUGCUUACUUGUGUUUCACGGGUUUGGAUGCUGCCAUGAUCGAAAUGAGGUCCUCUGUUAAAUUUGCCAUUCGUCUGGUAAAUAUUUGGUAAAUAGACCAAACAUAUGGUGCAUACUCAAAAAAAGAAGAUUCUACAUUGACUUUCUUUUCCCCUUCGUUUUGGGUGAUAAACAUGACUUGGUUUUCUUUCA